AUGACCACGUGCGAACAGUAUGGGGAAGCGGUGAAUGGGUUGUCGCCGCGCUCACCGGAAGUGCGUGUCGCUGCCAGCCACAUUAAAUCGGUUUACGGAGCCACGCAUACAACACCAGCGCACAGAAGCAGCUUUUCUCCCAUGAGGCCCUUUGCGGCGGAACCCCCGGGGAAAAAGGCCAUUGACCAUCGCAGUUCUUUCAAUGGUCGCCCUCCCAGAGUGCCGUCCGCUUCAAUGCCCACGCAUUCACUGAGCAAAAACGUGAGGAAUGAGGAUAACCGCGCAGUGCUUGUAUCGCUGGAAAACUUUGAGCACGUGCCGAGCGUCAAGGGUGUGCUGAACAGCCCCCGAAGCCUGCAGGCCUGCAAAAUGGAGGACGUGCUUCCGGCUGACUUGCUGCAGCGCAGUUUGACAGACUUUAUGGGCCAGGGCGUACCGGAAGAAAUUGCGCAGUUGCGCUAUACUGUCUUUGAGAAACGGCGAAAGGACAGGCUUGAACGCGUCUGCCGAGCCCGCGCACUGUUGUUGGCCGAAGAAAAGAAGGCGGAGGAGCUCGACGGAGGUGUCAGGGACCCGAAAACCCUCCAAGAGAACACGGCAGAAGCAAGGAGAGAGGCGGGCGAUGCCAACAGCCUUCCACGCCAUUCAAUAAGUAUGUCAAAUCAUCACGGAGGCAACUCGCGCAGUAGCAGCUUAUUUUGGAGGCAGGGCCGCAGCCCCUCCAAGACCUCUUCUUCCCGCCACAGAAGGUUACUUUGGCAUAAGCCUGAGAGCCGCUCUGCAUCCAUGGGCUCAAUGCUGAUCUACAGCCGCGCCAUUACCGAGCAUCGUUCACCCUCGGAAAAGGAGCUUGCCAUGCUGGAGAGGAUUGAAGAGCGUGAGCAGCGACUCGCCGAAGCCAAACAGCGUGUGGAGCUGGAAGAGAAGAAUCGGGAGCAAGAGCUCGUUCAAAAGCAGCUGGACAAAAUGCGAAAGAUCGUGAACAAUAUGAUACAAAAGGAGAUUACGAGGAAUGCCGCCAUCAAUUCGAGGCGAAUGAAGUGGGAGGAACAAAUGAUGAGGAUCCGUGAGCAGAAGAGGCGCGAUGAGGAGGCACGAAGAUCUCAAUCGGUUCCGCGUGGGAAUCGUGCGAGCACGCACCAGGGGAAUGGUGUGUUUCGAGCCUCGACGUCGGGUGUUUACCGCAAGGAGCAGGGAGAUUCUUUGAGGUUUGCUAAAACUUCCUCGUGCUAA